UGUCUGAAUUGGCACAACUGGAAAGCUACAAACACUAUUUACAACACUAUUUAUUCCUCUGUAAAUACAGUAACGACUGGGGGGAAAAACAAUCUUUACAAUAAAAAUAAACUACAUUUUUAAAAACUCAGGAUUUUAUAGAACUGCUGGAGGAUCCCUCUACAACUUAGAUUUGGAUAUGGAGGACGAAGUAAAAUGGGCAUCAGAACUAAUUGAUCAGAAAUUGGAAUUUGAGAAUAAAAAUGAGAAUAUGAAACCUCGUUUCCGCAAAAUAGGAGUGAUUGAUAUUGAUUCCAAUGAACUAGAGGAUAAACUAAAACAACCAGUGAAUCGAAAUAUUGCCAAUCUGAAGGGCGAAGAAAGGGUUAGGAAAACAUCAGUGGAUUUGAGAAAAGAAAUUAUAGAUGUUGGUAGCAUCCAGAAUCUCAUUGAAAUACGAAAAAAGAGACAAGAAAGGAAGAAGAAGAAAUCUCAAGUAACAGUACCAGAGCCUGUGCCAGAACCCCAAGAAAUUACAGGGCCCGUCAGUGCCGAGACAUUUCUCAAGGCUGCUGUUGAAGGCAAGAUGAAUAUAAUUGAGAAGUUCUUGGAAGACGCUGGCUCUCCAGAUACUUGUGAUGAGUUCAAGAGAACAGCGCUUCAUAGAGCAUCGCUAGAGGGCCACGUUGAAAUUAUCAAGAAAGUUUUAGACAGUGGACCAACAGUAAACUUCAGAGAUCGGCUGGACUCCACUGCUAUUCACUGGGCUUGUCGCGGUGGUCGACUGGAAGUUGUGAAACUUCUUCAGGAUAGCGGAGCUGAAAUCAAUGUCAAGGACAAGUUACUAAGCACACCUUUGCAUGUUGCUACUCGCACCGGGCACGCUGAUAUUGUGGAACACCUGAUUGCUACUGGGGUGGAUAUAAAUGCCAAAGACAGGGAAGGUGACACAGCUUUGCACGAUGCUGUCAGGCUUAACCGGUACAAAAUUAUCAAAAUGCUUAUCAUAUAUGGUGCCAACAUGAUGACGAAGAAUGCAAAUGGUAAAACUCCUACAGAUCUUGUACAGCAGUGGCAAGCAGACACAAGGGAGGCAUUACUGAAAAGGACUGCAAAUGGCACAGAGAAGCAAGUGUGAAUAUAGAAACACUGGCAUCAAAGACACCGACAGUGAGACAUCAGAAUGUGGUUGCAAAUGUCAUCUGUAAGCUAUUUUUGUAAAUGGAGAUGGAUAGUUUUCUUUUUUUUUUAAUUUUGUAUAGGCAUUUCUUUAUCUGUGUUUUAUUGUACAUUAUUCUUGGAAAAAUGAAUUAGUUAGGCAAAUAAUGAUGUGUGAUAUAACUCACAAAUGUAUGUAGCAAACUCUGUAGUGACUGUAAUAUUCACAACAGCAGUACCGUAAAAUAAAGCUACUAAGCUCUGCUUGCAGUGUGUCACAGCAUUAAAGGGACAGUAUACACGCAUUUUCAUAUAACUGUAUGUAAUAGACACUACUAUAAAGAACAAGAUGCCCAGAUACUGAUAUUAAAACCCAUGGUAAAACGGUUUAAAGACUUACUUAGAAACUCUCAGUUUAGCUCUGUUGAAAAGGUAGCUGGAAACCCCACUGCAAGUGGGAAAUAAGACCCUCCCCCCCCUCCCCUUCUUUUGCUUAUGAAAAGACCCUUUACACAAACAGGAGCAAGCUGGAGUAGGUAGCUGACGGUAUUCACAUAAAACUUUGGGGCUUGGUUAGGAGUCUGAAAAUCAGAGCAAUGUUAUUUAAAAAUAAGCAAAACUAUACAUUUAAAAAAAAAAAAAAAAAACUUUAUGGGCUAUAUAAAAAGAUCAUCUACAAAACAUAUAUGCAAAGAAAAAAUAAGUGUAUAAUGUCCCUUUAAGUGCUACUACGGUCUAUAAAUAAGUGCAUAUUGUGAAUGCCUUAUCUUAACAUAAAAAUGACACAUGCAUGGGAUGAUUUAUUUAUUGGCUCUACAAAAAAUAUAACUAGAUCAGGUUGUCCAAACUAAGGCCCCUGUUCUGUAACAUUUUCCUACCUUGUUACGUUGUCCUACCUACGUAACGCGUACGGCCAAGCCUACAUCUAGAUAGAGAACUUUCACAUCCGCCAUAUUUGUUUCAUAAGGAGGGUGAUGUUAAAAUAGUGAUCGGAUUCUGUAUAAUUUUCCGACCACGUUAUAUUUGGCUGUUUUGAGUGCAGAGCUCGCUCAAACAUAAAUAAUUAAAACCUAAACACAAAUUAUUAUGUAUGGUAUUAGCUUGUGAUGAUAGCGUUCAUUUUAUAAAUGUAUUUUUCAGGCUACGUAACAAAAAAGAAUGGAAACAUAUCUGUACCCUGAAAAAAUACAUUUAUAAAAUGAACGCUAUCAUCACAAGCUAAUAACAUACAUAAUAUUUAUUGAUUAUGUUUUAUGUUUGAGCGAGAUCUGCGCUCAAAACAGCCAAAUAUCACCAUCCGAUUAAUAUUUUGACAUCAGCCUCUGUUUCAAACAAAAAUGGCGGAUAUGAAAGAGCUCCAUCUGGCCGUACGCCUUACGUAGGUAGAAAAGCAUAACACAGUAGGUAACUAUAACAGAACACCCCUAGCCAAUCACACUUAAGGGGACAUGAAACCCAAAACAUUUAUUUUGUCAUUUAGACAGAGAAUAUCGUUUUAAAAAAAAGUCUCCAAUUUACUUCUAUUAUCAAAUUUGCUUUUUUGCCAUGAUAUUCUGUGUUGAAGAGAUAUCUAGGUAGGCAGGAAAUAGUGCUGCCCUCUAGUGUUCUUAUAAAUUAAUAACAUUCUUUCAAAACUGCUGCUAUAUAAUGCUCCAGAAAUGGGCCGCCUCCUAAGUGUAGGUCCAUGCUUUUCAAAAAAUGAUACCAAGAGAAUGAAGUAAAAUUGAUAAUAGAAGUAAAUUAUAAAGUUGUUCAAUAUCCCAUAUUCUAUCUGAAUCAUGAAAGAAACUCAUUUAUGUUCCCUGUGUACAGAUUCAGGGAAUGAUUUUUGGCCAGUGGGGAUAUUCAGGUUUUAAAGUAACGGAGUUUGAUUAGACUGAAGUAUACAUUGUGGUUUUGAAUAAUGAUAAUUCCAAAUGUUUUAACCGACCCUGCGAGUGAAAAAUAAAUAAGUAAAUAGAUAAAUAAAAACUCUGAAAUGGCCCUUCUUGUGAAAAAGUUGGACAACCUUGAGUUGAAAAUCAUUCCCUUUUACGCGUUUUGAUGCUUUGUAAAUAAAAUGAAAUGAAUGGUCUGACAAUUUUCUAACAGUAGCUUGAGACUGCAGACAUUGUAUGUAAGCAGAAUCUAAGAAUGACUGUUACAUGCAGUUUUUAAAAAUAGCAAAAAGAAGGUAUACCUGGCUAUUCUGUACAAAAAUGUUAUAUAUGCCUAUGUGGGUGAGGUCAGUUCUAUAAAUAUUCUUUGCUGAAUGCUGCCUAGACAGGAUUUUUUUCCCCCCACAGGAGAUUACAGUCUAUAUACAAUUACAAUCCUGUUGCUAAAAGAAGCCCAUGUAAAGACAUGAAUUGUCACUUUUUUAAUACCAAAUCCCAUCUACUCAACAUAUCAUAAUCAUCUCAGAAACUUUUAACUAAUAGCUUUCCUGUUGUUCAAAUACUGGCUUAUAAUAAGGUAUUGGAGGGAGUAAGUUUAACACUAGCUGGCUGUGUUGGUACCAUUUAAAGGGCCAUUAUACAUGUUACUUUAUCAAUAUCAACCCUGCAAGUCUAUGUAUUGGAAAGGGAAUAAACACAUAGUUAAAAUAGCACUCGAGAGUCGUCCGCUGGUUCUGAGCAGGUAUGGCCAAUAUGCUAAUGAGCAGUGGUAGGAAAACAGUUGGGUUGUGUGAAUGCCACUGCUGAUUGGCUAAACAGCCAUUUCCCAUGGGGCCAGCAGUUCUCUGUAGCUCUAAGCAGUUUGUUAACUAUGUGUUUAACACCUCUGUGGGGGACAAAGUCGAAUUACAGCAUGUAAUAAUGGCCCUUUAACACUAUUUUAAGACAGGAGACACAUGGUUGAGACUUGGUGAUCGGAGAUAAAGAAUCUAGUUGUUUAGGGUAUUCAAAGCUGCAGAGGGGGCAGUUGGCUGGACAUGGGCGUUUCAUAGGCGUAUCUAAAAUUGUCUCUCUAAUCCGAGGGUAAUUAUGUAAAGGUUUUUGCACUACAGAUAUCACAUUAUUUUUUUUGCCAGCUAGAAGGUGGCAAGCUUUUCUCAAAACACUGAAAAUACUUAAAACACUAAUAGACAAACACAUACAUAGGAAAAUAUAGGCAGCUGUAAAAUGCUUUACGCAAAAAGCAGCGUAAUGGGAUUUAUAUUGGCUGCAGGAUUUACGUUAUAAAGUGCGCCUCCUGCUCACUGCUAACUUUGCUCUGUGGUGCAGUGUCCCUUUUCAGUGAGCUACAUUACUUUCAAUAGGAGACAUCUCGCUACUUGCAGCGACUGCCCCUUGUUUACGAUAAUUCCACCAUAGCAGUGUCACGUCUGAAAUGACAAGGUUUAGACCAUCGGGCCCUAAAUAUCACAUGAUCAAUGAGAAAAGGCAUUUUUUUAAGCAAAUGCCAGGUUUAAAAUAACAAAAAGCAAGGAUGCACCCCAAAGAAAAGAUUCAGAUCCAUGAAACCCUUUAUUAGAAAGAUGAGGUAUCUGUCACAGGGUUGAUGGAAAAACAUUUGCAACUCUGUGUUUAACUCUUGUUAAAGUCUUACGUGGAGUUGCAAGCACUGCAGCUACUAAGCUGGACAGAGCCAGUGAUUAGCUCACCAGCUGCUUCCUGCUUGUGACCAGCAGGUCACUGCGGCUCCUGAGGACUUUAAGUGUAUGUUUAACCCCUUUGCAGGGGUUUAAUUAAACACAUAGAUUUGCAGUGUCGAUAGUGCAAAAACUGCAUGCACUAAAAUGUCCCUUUAAAAAAUCAUGAAACCACAAAAUGUUCCUUUGUGAUUCAGACAGAGCAUACAAUUCCAAUUUACUUAUAUUAUUUAAUUGCUUAGUCUCUUGGUAUCCCUUGUUCAAAAUCAUACCUAGGCAGGCUCAGAAGCUGGGAGCUUUAUUGAUAAUCAAAGUAAAUUGGGAAGUUGCUUAAAAAUCUAUGCUGUAUCUGGAUCAAGAAAGAAAAAUAAAAUUGGGUUUCAUGUCCCUUUAAAGUGAUGGUAAAUCCUAGCGUUUGUGAAACACUAGGAUUUACCAUUGGAACAAAUAAAGGGGACUUUCAGUCAUGAAGUAUAAAAUACUUAGUGCUGAAAGCUCCUUUAUUUGUUUGCUGCAUUCGCCACACUGAGCUGCUAAGCAGCCCACGGCAGAACGCUAUUUGGCUGAGAGGUGACUAUUCCACCCCUUAGUUAAAGGGACAUUAAACACUAAAUACAUGCUAGAUAGAAUGAUGCAUGCAAAUAAAAGAUUAGUCUAUGACAAACAUGUAGAUGUAUUUUUUAAAGUUUCAUUAGUUGUUUAAAAAGUGACAAAAUAAGUGUAAAAUUUUAGUGUCUAUAAAACACUGGGAGCUGCCAUGUUGUAACUUGUGUUACCUUCUCUGCUGUGGCCAAUUAGGGACCGUUAUAAAUAGGUCACUAGAGUGUGCAGCCAAUGGUUGUGCUGGAUUUAACAAUUUUCUGCACUUCCAUUUCUAACAGGAACUGAAAAGCUCACAAUUUCAGAAUGGAAUUACAGGCAAAGAGGACAAAAUAAAUAAUGAAAGUAUAUUGCAGAGUUGUUUUAUAUAUACAAUUUAUCAUUUUAUAUUACCAUCUCAAAGUGUUUAAUGUCCCUUUAAUAGCCGUGCGCAAAUCCAGCACCAAACCGGAUUUCCCGCAUGGCUAUUGGCUAAGAGGUGGAAACGUCUCACCACUCAGCCAAAUAGCGUUCUGCCGUGGGCUGCCUUAGCAGCUCAUUGCGGCAAACACUGCAAACAAAUAAACGCUAGGAUUUACCAUAACUUUACUCUCUGCAAAGGGGUUUAACCCAUGUUAAAGUCCCGCUAGUGAGCCAUAGAGAAUAUCAGGUGAGCAGGGGUUAAACACAUGUGUAGGUGAGUAGAGAAAAGCCACAGAAUAAGAGCGUGCCAUUUUUGCACUCAAAUGUCAGUUAGUAUUAACAAAUACUUUUGUGUCUAUUUAAUUUGACUUGUUAUUUCUGACUUCCAUACUCAGGUUAGAUCAAAUAAUUGUAAUUGCAGAAAUUCUUGACAUCCGGUGUGAUCUGAAGUUCUGAAGUUCUUAUUAUUAAUAAAAUAACAUCCAAACAGUUGGAAGAAAUGAUUCAUUUGAAUCAGAAGCUAAAAUUACUUCAACGUGAAUAUUUGAUUAAAUCUAAUUGUAUUUUAUACGUACAUUUAUUUUAGCUAUAUUUUACUGUAUGGAGAUUGUUAAAUACUAAAAAAAUACUGUCAAAUUGUUCUUACUGUUUUACAAAGAAAGCAUUAGUUUAAAUUGCAUUAAAGGGACAUUAAACACUAAAUAAUUUCUAGAUAGAGUGAUGCAUUCAAAUAAAAGAUUAGUCCUAGAAUAACAUGUAGAUGUAUUUUAAAAGUUACAUUAGCUGUUUAAAUAUUAGACAAAAUACAUGUUAAGUUUUAGUGUCUAUUAAUCUAUGGGAGCUGCCAUGUUGUAACUUAGGUUACCUUCUCUGCUGUGGCCAAUUAGGGACAGUUAUAAAUAGGUCACUAGAGUGUGCAGCCUAUGGCUGUGUGGGAUAUGUUCUGCACUUCAAUUUCUAACAGGAACUAAAAAGCUCACUAUUUCAGAAUGGAAUUACAGGAAAAGUGGAUGAAAUAAAUAAAGUAUAUUUCAGUUUUUUUUUUAUAUAUUACCAUCUCAAAGUGUUUAAUUUUAUUUUUAAAAUGUAAAUGCUAACCAGUUUAUUCUAAUAGACUUCUGUGUCAAAAAGUGGGAAAAAAAUUCACAAGAGAACUUACCAUAUUCUGAAGAGAUUAUUACAUACACUGAAAGCUAAAUAAAUAAAUCUUUCCAGGACUAAAAUUUGUGAUUGCAUCUAUAGCACUUUUACCUUGUACAUAUAUAGCUGCAAAUAAAUGUAUAUGCACUUCCUUAGGUGUUAGAAUAAGCAUUUUAUUUAUCAACUGUGGCAUUAUAUAGAUAUUUACAUACUGUAUGUAUUGCUAUUUCCCAAUUUAUGUUCUACACUGUAAUUAAUGUAUGUAAAGCUAGUAGAAUUAUACUGUUCUGUUUAUUUGCAACCUUUUAUCUGCAAUCACUAAUAAAACUAAAUACUACAA